CGCUAUGUGAAGAGCCCGACGGAUGUUCUACCACAUUCGCCUUUGCCCCUCCACUUCUUCUUGCAAGCCCUUCCUCUCGGAUCCUUAACCGCGUGAUCAAUUGCUCCAAGUUUAGCUCUGUUCUUUUGAGCUUGAGGUCGGCUUGGAAAUCUUCCCACGACCGAGGAAGUUAGUGGAUUUUGAGGACGUAGAAGGAUUACCCCACCUUCGAACCUCGUUAAAGUUUGCGUGUCUCUCUCUUUUAUCUUUACCCUUACUUGCAAUAAUAUUAACUGUGAAAACUAACCCAUCCAUAUUGAUUACUGCUCACUCUACCCACCAAAUUCCGCACACAAUCUAAAGUUCACAAGAACUCUAAAUUAACACUCAAUUUUACGUUUUCAAAAGAAACGAAAAAGGUUUUCAAAUUUGUAACAAAGUCUAUUCACCCCCUCUAGACUUUGUAUCUCACCACUUUGGGACCACCAUAAGUACACCUGGUCCAACAAGCAAGGCCCUGGAAGAAGAAUCUAUUCUAAAAUUGAUAGAGCUUUAGCAAACAUUGAAUGGUUUCAUCUGAUGGAUGCAAAAGUUUUUGUUAAGGAGUAAGGUUUGUCUGAUCAUUCCCCUCUCAUAAUCAAAAACUGUAACAUGAAAUGUAAUUACUCUUUCAAAUUCGGUGAUAUAUGGACUUUGGAUCCCUCUUUUCCUGGUCUGGUGGAAGAAGUUUGGAGCAAGGAAGGUCAUGGCAGUUAUAUGUUUCAAUUAGUGUCAUAUCUGAAGUGUCUUAAGAAGCAUCUGAGGCGGCUUAAUAAGGAUAAGUUCUCCAAUAUAUAUCUCCAAUGUAAUUUGGUAAGGGAGAAAUUAUUCCACACUCAAGAAGCUCUUAAAAAUAACAUGGAUUGUAAUGCACUUAUAGAGGAGGAAAGAGAUCUGAUCAAGGAACUGAAUUGGAAAAUGAAGGCAGCAAGGCUUAUGAAAUUCCAACAAGUUAAACAACAAUGGGCUAUGGAAGGGGACAAGGAUUCCAAAUUAUUUCAUGCAUGGAUCAAGAAGAAAAGAUUGCAGAACCAUAUCAGUUCUAUUAAGAAUCCAAGUGGUCAGAUUGAAGAGGGGAAGGGAAAUGUAGCUCAAGUUAUGGUGGAUUAUUUUCAGGACUUACUGGGGAAGACAAAGAAAACUGAAGAUAUUGUCCUGCCAUGAGACUUUCAUUCCUAUUUAUAAUAACAUCAAAUACAUUGUUUAUGCCUGCUGUUCACAUCAAAUCAUCCACUUGCACUGUCAGAUCCACUUGUGCUGGUGCCCGGUGAAUGUCGAUACCCGUCCAGUCUUCAAACGUUCUGCGGAUCCAGUCACAAUCAUACCGGUCUGACCCCCCGACAUCCCACCGGUCAAAUUACCAAGGAGUAUGAGGUCAAGAUUGGUCAAACCUUGGUACCUCCCGAGCGCCUGCAAAGUUGCCAGGUGGUACCAGUGGAUUAUAUCCAUCAAACACAUUAAAAUAUAUUACCUUUC